AUGGACCGACUGCUGCGCCUCUCCUGCAUCCUGCUGUGCUGCCCGAUGCUGCUACAUGCCAAGGCUUCAGAGUACCAGCUGGAGUCGGAUGGCAUGAGCCGGUGCGAGACAUUGCGGGGCGCAGGUGGUCAGCAGGGGCACACUCCUCACUGCACCGCGGAUGGACAGUUCAGGUCAGUGCAGUGCAGCCAGCAGAAGCAGGAGUGCUGGUGUGUGGACGCGCAAGGCCAGGAGGUCGUCGGCACUCGAACCAGCGGCUCCGCCCUGCACUGUCCAACUCCCUGCCAGCUUCAGUCCGUCCUCCAGUGCUCCCCCUCUGGACGCUUCCAGCAGAUCCAGUGUGAGUCCAGCCAGGGGCAGUGUUGGUGCGUGGACCAGGAUGGGAUGGAGCUCUACGGGACCAGACAGAACGGGAGACCAGCACAUUGUCCUGGCAGCUGUGAGGUCCGAACCCGCCGCCUCCUCCACGACGCUCGCCCGUCCUCCCCUCCUCAGUGCACUGACGACGGACACUUCCUCCCGGUUCAGUGUAAAUUCAUCAAUGUGACAGAUCGAACAGAGCUGGACCUGCUGCACUCCUUCAACAGGUUCCCAGAGGCCUUCGAGACGUUCACCAGCUUCAGGAGGUUUUUCCCGAUGGUCUCGUCCUACUGCUUCUGCUCGGAUAGUCGAGGCCGAGAGAUGGAAAACACUGGUCUGGAGCUCCUCCUCUCUGAGGUAUACGACUCAGCUUUCUCUGGUCUCGGUUCUGGCCGCUUGUUCUCUCAGAGCAACAUAUACCGAGUCCUGCAGCGAAGGCUGCUGGGAGUUCGCCUUGCAGUCACCGGACAUUUCAGAUGUCCAUCAGCCUGUGAGGAGGAGCGCAGAGCGUCCUUGGAGUCGUCCAGCGGUGUCACUCCCUCGUGUGAGCGCAGCGGGUCCUUCAGCUCCAAGCAGUGCCGUCCAGAUGGGCUGUGUUGGUGCGUGGAUUCCUUGGGCAGAGAACUUCCUGGGACUCGACAGUUUGGAGAUUCUUUGGUCUGUUCCGAUGAUACUCCAGACUGCCUCUCCAAGCGUCGUUUGGCCCUGUCCCGUCUCUUCUCUGGCCCUGUAGACCCACCCGUCUCCACGUCCACGAGUCGAUCACCAGUUCUGUGUCGUUCUCUUCUGCGACCACUCAGCCUGCUCCUUCCUGUAGAGACAGAUCCAAUGUCCUUCUUGUCUGACCUGGUGGAAGUUCUCCACGGUCUGUUCCCGUCAGUGGCUGGAGCCCUGCAGGCGCUGGCCCACUCAUCCCCUCGCCGCUUCCAGGAGAACCUGUUUGGAGGGAAGUUCUUGAAGAGCGCAGCUGCCUUUAACUUCACUGGGGCACUGGGAGCUCGAGGAUCCCUUGGGCUGGUCGGGCUGUCUUCCCCGGACAUGAGCAGCCGCCUGCGUACUCACCAGAGCCUGGUCCAGUCAGUCAGCCAGGCCCUGGAGGACCCCAACUUCCUGUCCAACCUCCAACACACACUGACGGAGAAGGUCUCUUCGGAAUCAGUCUCACUGGAGCAGGUCUUGACUCGUCUCCUGCGUUCCUGUCCGGCCUCUGAGGAGGAUGCAUCCACCAUCUUUGUCCCGCGCUGCACGGCCUCUGGAGACUUCCAGGAACUCCAGUGUCAUAGUGGCGAGUGCUGGUGUGUCGAUCCUCGUGGUCGUGAGGUGAUGGGUUCACGGACGUCUGGUGUCCGACCUCAGUGUCCGACUCGCUGCCAACGAGAGCGAGCGGCUGCACUGAAGGUCCGAGACAACCUGGCAGCCGGCGCCGAGAUCUAUGUCCCGGCAUGCUCGCCAAGCGGCAGCUUCAUGCCGCUGCAGUGUGUCGGUGCGCGCUGCUUCUGCGUGGAUGCCAAGGGAAAGACAGCAUCCACUCCCUCCACAGGGGGCGCCAUCAGCUGUCCAGAGACUGAGGUCAGAGAUCCUCUGUCCUCUGCAGGAGGUGGCUGUUUGCAGGCGCUAGCCGAAGUUGAUGCCUUCAGACAGGAGGUGAAGUCGAUGGUGGCACUCUCAGGCUCCGCCCACUUUCCUUUGGGCUAUGGCUUCUUGUUGGCUGAUGGUCUGCGUCUGACCAGCAAGGAACUGCAGGUCAACCAAUCAGAGGAGGAGUUGGCGCUGACAGACCCACUGCUGAGUCGCUCCAGAGCUGCGCUGCGAUUGGCUGCAACCUCAACUGUACAGAUGUUCCAGUCGCCACGGCAGCUGGGGUACCAGCCCUACAGUCCGCAGUGCAACGCCAACGGAGCCUGGAGCAACACACAAUGUUACCACAGCACAGGUCAGUGUUGGUGUGUGGAUGAAGACGGGGAGUACAUCCCGAACUCUCUGAGCAGUCGCCCGCUUCACCUGCCAAGAUGCCUGUCUCUCUGCCAAAGGGCUUUGUCUCACUCUCUUCUGUCUGGCUGGAUGAGAGCCUCUGACAUCACUGCAUCAGUGUCGUCGUACCACCCACAGUGUGAGAUGGACGGGCGCUUCUCACUGCUGCAGACAAGCGGCUCCAGCGGCUGGUGUGUGAACCCCACGACUGGAGAGACCCUGCGGACCGCGACCCGGGGGUCAGAUGGGCGACUGACCUGUCCCAGCCUGUGUGAGCUUCAGGCGGCUCAAUGUCAGCCUGACGGCUCCUUCGUCCCUCUUCAGUGUGACGUCACUUCCUGUUGGUGCGUGUCAGAGGAUGGACAGGAAGUGGGCAACACAAGGACCCCCAAGCUGACAGGACAAACCCCGUCAUGUGACCGUCCCGUCUGUGACGGUGUCACUGUUACCCAUGGUGCACUGCUGUGCCAGCCCACUUUUAAUGGCCGUCAGCGUUGUGAACUCAUCUGCUGUCACGGUUACCAAAACUCGCUUCCCAACAGCAGCUUCACCUGCGAGACGGAGAGACAACGGUGGAACCUCAGGCCGCUGCCCGGGGCCUGCCAAAGGUCUCAGCCCCUGCAGGAGGUCUCCACGUCCCAGAUCUGGACGCUGCCCUCUCUCUGCUCCCAGAUCAGUGCUCUACCCUCUCAGCUGCUCCAAGCGAUGACCAGCAGGGGGCUCUGCUCUGCUCAGCUCCCCUCGUCCGGCCGCUGGGUGUCGGUGUGUGACGACUCGUCCGUGAGUGUGCGGUGUGACAGAGACAGCCAGAUCCGUCUGACCCUUCGGUGGACCACCGCCCUGCUGGAGCUUCCUAUCUCUGAUCUGCCGGAUCUUCACGAUGUCGGCCUGUUUCUGAACCAGUCGCGGCUCCAGACCCAAGUGCUAAGUCUCCUGAGAAGCCUGCAGUUCCAGCCCACACUAGUCUCUGUGGCGUCGCCAAGCUUUGGGUGCUCUCGUGGUUUCCGUCUCAGCCGUGACGGCGAAGGCUGCGUGGUCUGUCCGGCAGGAAGCUACUCCAUUCAGGGGGCGUGUCUCCUCUGUCCGCCAGGGACCUAUCAGGACUCAGAAGGAAGGGACUUCUGCAACAUCUGUCCCCAUGGAUCUUCUGAUGCUGGAGCUUUUUCCAUUAAUCAAUGUGUGACGGAGUGUCAGAGGCGGGGCCUCAGGUGCUCAGAGAGAGGCGACUUCCUGCCUGCACAACCUGACUUCCUGUCCAAUAGGUGGAGCUGCUUCGGCAGUGAGGGGGUGGAGCUUGUGUGGACUCAGAGUGAGGCUCCACUGACCGAUGACCAGUGCUCAGUUCUCUCCAGGUUCCAGAAUGUUCCUUCAUCACAAUUGCUACUGGGAGUGUUAGAAGCCGACGUCCUGCUGACCUUGACUGCUGACCUCCAGUCCUGCAUCCAAGCCUGUGCAGAGCAGCCGUCCUGCCACUAUGUGGCGCUGUUGGCUGGACAGUGUGAACUGUACAGGGUCAACACACACUGCAACAUGUCCCAGCAGGUCCCUGGAUUUCUGGGAAACGAUCAGGCUGAACGCUUUGAUUGGUUGAGCUGCUGGCUGAGGGUGAGGGGUGGAGCCUCAGGUCAGCUCGUCCUCCGUAAGAGAGGUACAGAAACCAUGGCAACCGGAUUCAAGAGUGAAAACAUGAUGGUGUGGGUGAGGACAAGGAUGACGAAGGUCCUCUCAGGUGUGUUCAGGACUCAGGUGUUCUCCUCCAGAGGAGCCUCCCUCUCGGACGUGUUGCGUGUGUGUCAGGAUGGCUGCAGCCGCGACGCCUGCUGCAACGGCGUGAUCCUGAACAGCAAUGGGCUGAGCGGAGGGUCUCACCUGUGUGGAUGGCUGAGUGCUCCUGCAGUUCUCACCUGCGGGGCGGAGGACUGGGACCUCCGGGGUCAGGGGUCGGCGGGGAGAGUGUGCGGGGCCGGGCUGACUUACAACAAGCAGCAGAGGAGCUUCGUCUUCAACUUCGGGGGUCAAGAGUUCAGCAUCACUGACGCCGAUCUACCAGCCGACAGCAAGAACAAGACCAACUACCAGUCGUCCAUCAUUCACUCCCAGACCGUCUACCUGAGCACAGGUGGCGCCUCUCCUACGCCGUGCCCAGCAGCCACAGAGCCCCAGCCUCCUCUGGACCGUGCCGUGCUGCAGAAGUUCCAGUCUCUGUCUGAGGAGGACGUCCAGGUGGAUCCUCGGAGAAGGCUGGCAUCGCUCUCUCACUGGCUCAACAAGAAGCAGUACGACUCCCAGCAGGCCUUGCUCUGGUGCCUCACACGUAAGAAACCCUUUUGCCCUUCCUGUUAUCCUGGACACACCACUGGACGAUGGUGUGCUUCAGGUUGCGAGGAGGAGCAGCAUUGCUCGGUUGCCGACCUCAGAGACGCUGAGGUGACAGGAUUCUUCGACUGUGUGUUGUUGCCUGACACACAGGUGUGUGGCGCAUACGACAAGCCACUGAGACAACCGUGUCGCCCCCUGCUGGACAGGAGGCCAGUAAACACCUACAGGAAGAAAGUCGACCUCUCUGGGCCCGUGGAGAGUUUCUACCAGCGAGUUUCCUUCCAGAAGAUGGCGUCAUACUCCGUGCGCAGCCGCGUAGCGCUGGGUGAGAACGCUCCACUGCGUGAUAGCUUCAGGGAGUGCGAGCGGCGCUGUGAUGAGGAUCCCUGCUGCCGUGGUAUCGGCUUCGUCCAGGACACCAAAGCGCCAGGUGGAGCAUCCCUGGUCUGUCUGUCUCUGAUCAGUCUCGGGGUCCAGACCUGCAGCGAGGAGGACCAGUCCAGCUGGAGGACUCAGGACUGCUCCACCUCUGCUGUGAAGACCACACCAGAGCCCUUCGGCUGGUACCAGAAACCCGUGAAUCAGUGGACAUCCUCUCCUGCUCUCUGCCCUCCCUUCACUCUGCCAUCUCCCAAAAACAAUGUGUCUCUGGAUCAGUGGCAGCUUCUUGCCGACUCAGCGCUACUUGUCGACCCAUCUCUGCCCACCUAUGACACGGUCCACAUCAGCCAGGAUGUGGCUGUGGACCAGGACCUUGCCCGGGACUGGUGUCUUCAUGCCUGUCAGGAGUCGGAGUCCUGCAUGGCCGUGUCUCUACAAGAAGUGGAGUCGGCCACGCGCUGCGUGUUCUAUCCUGACACUACCACCUGUGGGUUGAGCUCUGCUCCAGAUGCCACUCAGCCUGCUUCCUCCUGUCGCCUGGUGGUUAGAGAGCCAACUUCACGGCUCUACCUGAGGACAGAUCGUUCAACUCAGCUCACCUCUGUGGACCUGCCGGGUCUGGGGACUCUCCAGGGCGUUGCCGUGGAAACACCUCUGGGCUCUGCCAGGAAGCAGGUGGUUGAGUUCUUGGGUGUCCCGUACGCUCGCCCACCAACAGGGGCACUGCGCUUCCAAGAGGCUCAGCCCGAAGAGUGGACUGGAACCUGGGACGCCACCAAACAGCGGUCCAGUUGUGUCCAGCCGGGUGAUGAAGAGUUGACUGGCUCCAGUGAAGAUUGUCUCUACCUUAACGUCUUCACCCCAGCUAGCCGGAGGGGGCGUGUCCCAGUCCUGGUCUUCUUCUACAACCCCUCCACUGAUCAGGACAUGGGCCGACCAGAUGGUGCCAUGCUGGCUGCUUCAGGAGACAUUGUUGUGGUAACGGCAAGCUACCGGACCGCAGCACUGGGAUUCCUGAGCACCGGGUCGUCCGGUCUCCCAGGUAACUACGGCCUGACAGACCAGCAGAUGGUGCUCCGCUGGGUCCAUGCUCACAUUGCUCUGGUGGGCGGAGACAACAUGAGAGUCACAGUAGGGGCGGAGCGUCAAGGCGCUGACAUCACCAGCGUCCAUCUCCUCUCCUCCUCUUCCUCACCUCCUCUGUUCCAGCGUAUGAUCCUGAUGGGGGGGUCGGUGUUCUCGCCCUCGCUUUUUCAGACUCCAGCCACCUCUAAACUUCAGACGCUGGACCUCGCCAAGGAGCUGGGCUGCAUGACUGCAGACAGCGACCAGAUGGUGGCGUGUCUCAGGGCGGCGCCAGUGCAGCAGCUCAACGCUGCUCAGACAAAGUUGCUGGCUGUCAGCGGUCCAUUCCGGUCCUGGGCCCCAGUUCUGCCUCCCAGCUCCCCGUCAGCCUUCCAGAGAGUUGAUCUGUUGCUGGGAACAUCGCAACGUGAUGGACUGAUCGGUCGAGCACGCCGGAUCAAGGACUUUGAGGCCCUGCGGGGUCGUGCCGAUGGAAAGACGGCAUUCUACGAAGCCUUGAGUCGCUCACUGGGCGGGGCCAAGGAGAGCCAGCUGCUAAAGGAUGCCGCAGCCUGGUUCUACUCCCUGGACCACAGCACCUCGCCAGCUGGGUACAGCCUUUUUUCCAGAGCUCUCAACAAUGCCACCAGGGACCUGUUCAUCGUCUGUCCAAGCCACCGGAUGGCCAGCCACUGGGCGAAGAGCAGAGCCAAUGUUUUCCUCUACCAUCUGCCCGCCACUGAAGCCCAUGACAGGUCUGGAGUUCUGGUUCCUCUGGAUGUUCAGCUGAUGUUCGGGUCACCUCACCAUCCAAACAACUCUCAGCGCUUCUCAUCAGCUGACCGGCGCCUCUCGCUGGCCAUGAUGAGCUACGUCUCCAGCUUCGUCCGGACUGGGAACCCAAACCCGUCUUCACAGUGGCCGGAGUCAGUGCUACCACGGUGGUCAGCAGUUUCAUCUACAGAUGCUGCGCCCGCGUACCUGCAGCUGAGUCUCCCCCUCACCCAACAACAGGGACUGAGUCAGAACUCCUGCUCCUUCUGGAGUCAGCUGGGAGCCCGACUGACCCGAACCGGUGUGUCCGGCCAGACCACCACCCCCUCCCCACUCAACGGCACCGACGUUCUGCCCACCAACUCGUCUGGCAACUUCAGCACAGCGGCCCCAAACAUCAAUGUCACUGGUAUUACCAACACCACAGGAACCGUCCCCACAGUGACAGUGAACCCAAACAUCAAUGUCACUGGUAUUACCAACACCACAGGGACCGUCCCCACAGUGACAGUGAACCCAAACAUCACAGCCAACGUGACGUCGAUGGCUCCUCCAGUCCCCACCACGCCGAACUCCACCAUCCCAGUUGCCACUUCAACCAAGCCCUCUACAGGCGGCAAUGGUGGUGACGUGCCAGGAUGGGGAAUCGCUCUGCUGGUUCUGGCGGCUGUAGCAGUUCUGCUGCUGCUCCUGCUCCUGACCGGACUGCUGGUCUGGUGGUGUCGUCACAAGAAGCAGAAGCAGCACUUCAGCCCGUACGGCAACAUGACCUACAAGAACGACAUUCCGCUCUACACGACGCACAGCAACCUGACACGCAACGGAAGCGCUCAUGUGUGUGGCCGUCACCAUGACGACCAGCAGAGGUUCAAAGAUGACUACUGA